AUGCUCGCAUCAAGCUGUUCGAGCACCCGUUCGCCCACCAAGUCAUCAACACGAAAAUCGAGAUGUUCUGCUCGUACUGUAUGCGAGCGGCGCCUGGAGAUGGGAAACUCCUCAAAUGCUCAGCGUGCAAUCAUACCAGGUACUGUAACAAGGAAUGCCAAAGACUGGCCUGGAAAUUACAUCGUAACGAGUGUCGCCGACUCCAAAAGGUGUUCCCGAACCUUCCCC